AUGCCUUCUCCAGGUCUGUUUGUGCCUCUCCCAAUCCCUCUGUACCUCUCCCACUCCCUCUGUACCUCUCCCACUCCCUCUGUACCUCUCCCACUCCCUCUGUACCUCUCCCACUCCCUCUGUGCCUCUCCGGCUCCCUCUUCGUCUCUCCCGCUCCCUCAGUGUCUCUCCUACUCCCUCUGUGUCUCUCCCACUCCCUCUGUGUCUCUCCCACUCCCUCUGUGUCUCUCCCACUCCCUCUGUGUCUCUCCCACUCCCUCUGUGUCUCUCCCACUCCCUCUGUGUCUCUCCCACUCCCUCUGUGUCUCUCCCACUCCCUCUGUGUCUCUCCCACUCCCUCUGUGUCUCUCCCACUCCCUCUGUGUCUCUCCCACUCCCUCUGUGUCUCUCCCACUCCCUCUGUGUCUCUCCCACUCCCUCUGUGUCUCUCCCACUCCCUCUGUGUCUCUCCCACUCCCUCUUGUCUCUCCCACUCCCUCUGUGUCUCUCCCACUCCCUCUGUGUCUCUCCCACUCCCUCUGUGUCUCUCCCACUCCCUCUGUGUCUCUCCCACUCCCUCUGUGUCUCUCCCACUCCCUCUGUGUCUCUCCCACUCCCUCUGUGUCUCUCCCACUCCCUCUGUGUCUCUCCCACUCCCUCUGUGUCUCUCCCACUCCCUCUGUGUCUCUCCCACUCCCUCUGUGUCUCUCCCACUCCCUCUGUGUCUCUCCCACUCCCUCUGUGUCUCUCCCACUCCCUCUGUGUCUCUCCCACUCCCUCUGUGUCUCUCCCACUCCCUCUGUGUCUCUCCCACUCCCUCUGUGUCUCUCCCACUCCCUCUGUGUCUCUCCCACUCCCUCUGUGUCUCUCCCACUCCCUCUGUGUCUCUCCCACUCCCUCUGUGUCUCUCCCACUCCCUCUGUGUCUCUCCCACUCCCUCUGUGCCUCUCCCACUCCCUCUGUGCCUCUCCCACUCCCUCUGUGCCUCUCCCACUCUCCCUGUGCCUCUCCCUCUCCCUCUGUGCUUCUCCUGCCCCCACUCUGCCUACCUUCAUCGUUCCCCUGAAAGGGACCUGA